GAUUCGAACACAAAGCAGCAGCAGCUCAAAUAACGAACUGACUCAGAAUAAGACUGGAUCCUUCUCAGAAGACGAAAACUGCUACUCUCCGGCUUAAAAAAACUACUUUCUUGAUAAACUUGACCUUGAUCUCUCCAUCCAAAAUCGGAUUUGUACUUCAAAACGCGACAUGAUAUGUCAUAUUUUUCGGUUGGGACCAAUUCGCUGUUACUCCUACUUCUUUCCGGGACCAUUUCAUUCCGUGUAACAAUUAGUGAUCGGACAAGUCACGGUUGUGCAGUUAGUGAAUCGGGUGGUUUGUUAUAAAACGUUAAACUAUUGGGCAAGUAAGUUGAAUGGAAAUACAGGAAAGCGUUCCUUGAUAGUGGACGAGAUAGAGGACGAGAAGGGAGUUAUCCUAGUGGGACUACUAAUGGAAGUAAUAAUCGUCGUCGCCUAAGUGCGUGGGACUUUUGGGAGGACGAGUGGAUGAGCAUGGCCACAACGGAAGGCAUUUCUUCCAAGAACAACAAAAAUGUCGUUAUUCGUCAAGGAUUUUUGGGGAAAAAGUCGGCAAGUCGGACUCGUUUUGGAGGUGUCUCUUUCAACCUUCGCUGGUUCACUUUAACGCAGACGGAAUUAAUUUACGCCUUGAAUGACAAAGAGCCCAUCCGAGUGAAAGGCCGCAUCCGACUCGACGCAUGUUCUUGGGUGGAGAAAGCCGAGCUAGGUGGAGAACCCCCCACGACUGAAUUUGGCUCUUGCCUCCCUUCUCCGCAUUAUCACAAUCACUCCUUCGUCUUUCAGGUUGCCUAUCUGGUCGAAUCAAAGACGAGGAUCUUGCACCUUCAGGCAAUCGACGACGGGGACCGUGACUCUUGGGUGGAUGCCAUUAAUCAUUGUUUAAACGGAAAUAAAAACAGUAGUCCUCUUCGCUGUGGGAGCAGCACGUCAACCAACCCAAACUCCGCAACUACGACGCCAGAACAUCCCGGUAAAUCACUGCCCUGUGAAUCCAACAAUAGUUCAUCGUCACCAUCUUCCCUCCCUCUUUAUCACCGUGGUGUGUGGUCCAUCGCUGCAGAAAGGUGGACGUGCUGCGGUCGUGACCGUGAGUGCCCGGGUUGUGAACUGUUCAGCUCCAACAGUGCUAAUAGUAACACUGCCAAUAAUAACAGUGGUGGGAAUAAUAAUAGCAACGUGUUCCACUCGCCCUCUUCCUCCUCGUCAAGCUCAAACUCGUCCCUCCCCUCAACACUACCGACCUCGAAUAGUACGAAUGGGGUCGUAAGUCGGUCAAACUCUUCUGGAUCGUCGUCCCAAACGCAAACUCAACAACAGCAACAACACCACCAUCAUCAUAACCACAAUAAUAACGGGGGUCAUUUUCAUACGAGGCAAACGUCUGCCCUCUCAGAUUCGCCCCCACAGCCGCCGACCAAACCAACCGUGAAAAGUCCGUCGAUCAAUCAACUCAACUGUUUGAACAAUAAUCCGGCCGUAGUCCCUCUCAGCCUCAAGUCUCUCUCCCACCACAAUCUGCUCACGGGGGGUGCACCGGCAAGCUUGGUGCACACGGGGCCCUCCUUGGGAAGCGUGAGUGUGAGCAAUAGCCACCCUCAACCGCCGAGAAAGAAGGAGCCCGGCGUAACCAUUAUCGGACUUCCUCCCGUCAACGGGCAACAGCAACUCAAUAAGAAUAUUAAUAAUCGAGGAGGUGGUGGGAAUAACAAUUUGCUCGCUCAUACGUCGCCACCCCAUCCGUUACCGUUGAUUGGACUUCCGCCACAUCCAAUUCCCCAGCAAGGUCAUAACAAUAAAGGAAACAACAUACUCAUGAGUUCUCCCGAAAUGGAGGCUCAAACGACUCCGGGCACCCCAGUGAACAAGGCGAGAGAUCCGACAGCCCGACGACUCGUGGUGGCACUGUACCCCUUCAAAGCUAUCGAGUCCGGGGAUCUCUCGCUGGAAAAGGGUGAGGAGUACGAGAUCGUAGAUGAUACGCAGGAACAUUGGUGGCAAGUUCGGAACAAGAGCGGAUCUGCAGGUUACAUUCCUAGUAAUUACGUGAAAGAAAAGGAGCUUUUGGGUCUCCAGAAAUACGACUGGUAUGUUGGUGACAUGUCCCGCCAACGGGCUGAAACCUUACUCCGCUACGAUGACAAGGAAGGUUGUUUCGUUGUUCGGAACUCUUCCACGAAAGGAUUAUACACAUUGUCCCUCUACACCAAAGUUCCACACCCUCAAGUGAAGCACUAUCACAUCAAACAAAAUCCAAGGAACGAGUUUUUCUUGUCAGAGAAACAUUGCUGUUCCUCCAUUCCCGAUCUGAUCAAUUAUCACCGACACAACAGUGGCGGUUUGGCGUCACGUCUAAAGCAUCCUCCUUCGGCGGAAAGAUGUGCCCCUGCCACAGCUGGACUUUCCCACGAUAAAUGGGAAAUCGACCCCUCCGAGCUCAUGCUUCACGAGGAGUUGGGCUCUGGCCAGUUUGGUGUCGUUCGUCGCGGCAAGUGGCGUGGCACCACGGACGUCGCGGUCAAAAUGAUGAAAGAAGGGACCAUGAGUGAAGACGACUUUAUCGAAGAAGCUAAAGUUAUGACUAAACUCCAACACACGAAUCUCGUUCAAUUGUACGGUGUGUGCAGCAAGCAUAGACCGAUCUACAUUAUCACUGAAUACAUGAAACAUGGUGCUCUUCUCAACUACUUGCGCAGAAAUGAAACAAAUCUUCAAGUCAAUCUUGACGCCCUCCUGGAUAUGUGCACUCAGGUUUGCAAAGGGAUGGCAUACUUGGAACGACACAAUUACAUUCAUCGCGACCUUGCAGCGAGAAAUUGUCUUGUCGGGUUGGAUAAUGUGGUGAAAGUGGCAGACUUCGGGCUUGCGAGAUAUGUUCUAGAUGACCAGUACACUAGUUCCGGUGGAACUAAAUUCCCUAUAAAAUGGGCUCCUCCAGAAGUUCUAAACUAUACCAGAUUCUCGAGCAAGUCUGAUGUUUGGGCUUACGGUGUCCUCAUGUGGGAGGUGUUCACCUGUGGAAAAAUGCCAUACGGGAGGUUGAAGAAUACCGAAGUUGUCGAACGAGUCCAGCGUGGGAUCGUACUAGAAAAACCAAAAACCUGUCCCAAAGAGGUGUACGAAACGAUGAAAAAGUGCUGGGCCCUCCAUCCGGAUGAAAGACCUUCAUUCCGACUCCUCAAAGAACAACUCGUCUCCGUCGCCCAAGUCCUCCUCGUCGACUAAUUUCCCCAUGACUAACUAUUUCAUCUUCUUUCUCGCAUUCCAUCCACAUUUUUUUUUACUCCCCGGCUUUCAUCAAAGCUUUCUUUUAUUUAAAACGAAAUCCAAGGUUCAAGUAGUGACCAUGAACUAUAGAAAUUACAUAUUAUAUUGACAAUUAGGACAUACACACAUUCAUUCAUUCAUGAUGAUGACUAUGAUGAGCUGCUAACACUAAUUGUAUUCCUCCCAUUCACUUUAUACUGAGCCGCCAACUUAAUUGAUCCAAGGUGUUUAAUAUACCUCAAGGGUGAAUUUUACAUAACGUUAACUAUCUACUCGUACAAGAUAACCACAAAAGUGUCAAAAUUUCCCGACUAAGUAGAUGAUGAUUCGAUUACAUAAUCUUCUGUUUAAUUUAUACGCAAUACAAUACAAUGUGAUGAUGAUUCACUCAUACAUAACCCACAACAUAGUCUCGCUGCUCUCCUAGUAUUUAUAACUUACUACGUGAAUUUCGAAGGCAUAUCGCCAUGAGAUAAGUGGGGAACAUGAAAGAUAAAAAAUACACAUAAACAACAAGAACAAAUCCCAAUAAACAAUCAACAUGAAAACAAUUUUGUUUAUGUCGCCGCCUGAGUAUAUAAAUAUAUAUAAAUUUAGACAGCAACAAGUAGAAAUAUUGUUAUUUCUACUAUUUUAAUUAGUACUUAGAGAUUUAGUAAUGCUGCUACUCCGAUACGCUGGAGAUAUUAUUGUGAUUUUUAAAUUUGACUGAUUUCCAUUGUUAGCUUCGGUUAGUUAGGUGGCUAGUUAAUGCAUGCAGAUUUUAAACUUAUGUAUUAAGAGAGAUGAGUAACUUAAGAAAAGUUUAAUUGUUUCGCAAAAAAACAUUUGUACAAUGUGGUCGCAGACCGAGAUUAAAUUAAUAUUGACACUACAUGUGAGAAUUACAUACAUAUGCAAAUGUGAGUCGACAGAUCUAUGGAGUUGACUCUGAAUAGAAAAUGCGUGAGCAACAAUUGCAAUAUUUAAUGAAAUGAGUUUGUUUCACAUAAAUUACAAUGAUGAAUACAUUGAGUUGAAAAGUAAAAAACAAA